AUGGUUAAGGAUAUAGAGGUCCCGAUUCUGGCACAAUUCGCGGAUUACCUGUCGCCAGAAGUUCGUGCAGUUACCGUUGACGAAGAUGGACUCCUUGUUGGAGUCUCGACUGACCCUGAAGAGGAUGAUACUCCAUGUUUUGCAUAUAUCCCCUUGUCCGCUGCUGGAUCACUUGCCAAUUACGGCACGAUCCAAUACUCUAAACUUCAUGAGCUCGAUCCGCUUGGACCAGUCUGCCAUCCCACCCUAAUAUAG